AUGUCAGAGCCACCCCAGCUCACAGACCUCCCCGCCCAGGACGCACAGGAGCUCACAGCCUUCGUAGAAAAGAGGCGAUGGUUCGAGACAAAGCUCAAGUCCCUCGAGGAGAUCCCCCCUGUAUAUCCCUUUGUGCACCCAUCUCUGAGCAGGUCUCGGGAUAGCGGCCUCUUUGUAAGAGAUGGCGAAGAUGGUUCGCAGUGGCAGCUGCCAGACCAAGAGCAGGUCAAGACAUGGCGCAAGGAACGAGCAACGAUCGAAGAACAAGUAUUCGAGUUUGACGGAGGUGACUUGGAGAGGAUGAAGAAGAAGACCAGAGCCGCUACGCUCCUUCCUCUCACACCGCCCUCUACCCACCUCGUGUCCAUCACCCUCGACCUCAUCGUCCUUAUCGACCGUAUCCUCUCUCUCCUCCGCCGUCGCGGCCUUCUCCUCGACCUCACCAAUCUCCGCCUACAAUGGGACCAGACAAGAUGGGCAGCCAUGACAGAGUCCGAGAGUCUGCAAAAGGAGGUGGACGCCAUGGUGCAUGAUAAGGCGCGUUGGGUACCGGUCGACAUGAGCACGCCUGCGCCAGUAAAGGCAGGAAGAAAGUCGCUGGGAGCAACCCCGGACACCUCUCCACAAACGCCUAUAGUGCGAGAUGUAAGCUCCAACAGCAUUUCCUCCGAUAUGGGCGCGACAGCAGAAGGCGCGACCAAACGACGCUCCUCUACCGCCUCUGUAAACUUUUCAUCUGGUCGGCCGAUCGGUACUCCGGAUAGGUCACUUCAUAUUCCUCUGCUCCAUUCACAGCUCGUCAAUCUCCGGAUACGGCACAAGAACCUUGCGAAAACGCACAUGUCUCGAAGCGGCGCUUUACUAGAUCGGAUGAUAGACGUGGCUUCGCACUUGAGAGAUCUUGGAGACACCAAAGGUCCCAUCAGUGUAGAGGCGGAUGAAAAGAAGGAUGGAGGGGCAGUACCAGAUGAGCUGCUGGAUCUGCAAGAUGAACUGGACGCAUCGGUCGGAGAGCUAGGAGAAAAGGUUGAAUGGUGCGGUGAACUGGAGCAACAUUGGAAGCUAUCCGAGACACAUCACUCAUCCUCGGUACAAGCCGAACAACUCGCUCUGACUCUGAUAGACGAGCUCCAAAUCGCCCUCACCCGCCCGGCAACGAGUUCUGAACAUCGCCGCCUUUCAGCACUUCUUGAAAUCGCUUCAAAGAGACUACCCUCUCCUAUCACCUCUUCGUUCCCCCGGCCUUCGCAUGAGGCUUAUCCAGAUAACGACGAGUACAACGAAAAUGUCGUUCGUGCGUUGGUCAGAACGCACGAAAGUGCCUCUGAAGAAAUACGCAAAGGAAGGGAAGGGCUCGACUGGUAUGCCCGUCUAGUAAAAGCAAAGGAGGCCGUACUUGAACAGCACACAAAAUUACUCUCAGAGAAAGAAGCCAUCGCCCAUCUUGUGCGGUGCCUCGACAAUGGUCAAGACGAUAUACCACGCCCCGACAUUGAUGAUACGUCUUGCCUCAUGACGGAUCAUGCGACAUGGGUCACUUCUGUGCCUUCUUGGGUGUCUCAACUUGAGCCUUUUCAAGAGAGCGUGCCGAUCACGGUUCGAAGUGGUACGUUAGCUGUAUACCAAUACCGUGCAGCAUACAAGACGGCCCCGAAGAGCCUGAGGGAGAGUCUACCGGAAGAGGUGGCAGGCGACGAGGUGGACGUCGCUGAAGCGGAUUUGGAGCGGCUUACAGAGCUUCUGAAGCGCUCGAGAGAGAGCGCUACUCGCGCUGAACAGGAUUUUCGGAUACUCAAUAUCGCCCAGCCCAUUUUCACAUCUUCCACCACCGUCCACCAAACAGGUCUAGAGUUGAAAUCGACUCUCCACAUAGCUUUGAGAGCAACAACAUCCCCGACGUCUCUCACUUCUCAUGAAGAUUACAGCGAGAUCAAGGAAAAGAUCAAGUUGCUUGAUGGGAUGAUCAAGCAGGAUGUAGCGACGCCACUUUCUUCACUGCAUUUCCUGCUAAAGGAGUGCGGUCGAAAGCUCCCUGUGCUGAGACACGAUCUCUCCGAAAGAUCCUCCAAUUUGAUCGACCAGCAGACCCAUCUCCGCUCUCUCCUCGACUUGCUCAAACGCGCUCGACAACAACGAGAAGUCGCCAAGGCCGUCGAAGCUGAAGCUACCAAAUUCAUGCGCAAGCUUGGGCUGAUCAAGGAUGAAGUUGAGCGCGUGCGGGAGCAGGGAAAGGUGGGGGAGCUGCAGAGAUCGUUGGAGGUGAUCCUAGUCAGGGUAGAGGGACUAUGGAGGGAUGUGGAAAAGUGGGAGGGCGAGUUGGCAGAGCGGACCCCUUUCCUGGCGGCUGCCCCGCCUCCAGUCGAUAACCGGGUCAUACCCAAAGCCGCUGCUCCUAUACCGCCCACUUCAUCUUCCGUUCCGCCCAUGACACCACCCGCUUCCCGCUCAAACACUCCACAACACCCAAACUCAGACAUACCGAUCGACCUGGCAGCAGUGGACCGAAAAGUGAGAGGCAUCAUCAAUGCCCACGCGGUGAGCGUCCAAUCUGCCAUCGCGCACUGCCGCUCCUCCUGUCAAGCAGGGAUAUUGGAUCUCUGGAUCAUACAAUGCGUGCAAGCUGCGCAGAUACUGGACAAUUCCUUUAUCGCAUGGCAAAAGACAAACAACAAGUUUUCGGCGCAGGUGGAGAAUCUAUCGAAUCGAGUGGCGGUGCCACCCACAUCGGUCAACGCCGCUAAAGCGACGGUGCAAGCCAUCGAAGCUAUGACUGCGUCCCAUGAGCCGCGGUUGAGAGCCCAUGAGAAAGAGAUCAAAGAGGCGGAGGAGGCACUACAGGGGGCGGUGGGCCACAAGCCUGAAUGGUUGAGGGACGCGGAUGACGUGAGGGUGGAGGAGUGGGAUCGGGCGAUGGUCACUGCUACUACAGCUGCCGCUGAUGCCGGCGAGCAAAUCAAGGCGCUCGAUGAAAGUGCUUGGGAGCUGCUCAAGGUGGCCAAGGAACGACUGGAAAGGGCGGUACAGAACCCGAGGGUGUUGAUAUCGCCCAUCGCACCCAGUUCCCUCGAAGACGUUUUUGGCCCAGCCGCGUCCUCCCCGUCCUCCAGGACAGCAUCCCCUCUUGCUUCGCCGCUUGCCUCGCCAGUCGAUGAUCUUUUAAGCGGGAUCCAGCAGAUCCAGCAAGAGUUGGAAGGGCUGCAGGUGGAGUUGGUGGUAGACCCAAGGUCGGUGGAGAUGCAGGCUACGCCUUUGCUGAGGAGGCUGCCGUCGGAGGAGGUGGCUGGGAAGAUUAGAGGUGGGCUUGAUCGGGUGGCGGCAAAGACGAAAGGCCUCCAUGUCCCGCCUGGACACCCAGCGGGGGCUAGCCUAUUGUAUCUUGAGGAUGGGCUGAGGGAGAAACAAAGUAUGUUGCCGAGAUUGAAGCAGCUGGUUCACUUCAGCACUGCUGUCAAAGGGUGUGAUGCCGCCUUCAACAGCCUACUUGAGUUGGUGGACAAUUACGGGGAACAUCAAAAGUCGUUUUUGCUCUCAGAGCAUCGGCGAGUAGAGACAAUCCUCAAAGAUGUCUACCAACUUGCUGAACCGGUCGAAAAGGAUCGAAGGGUUGCGCGAGAGGUCAAGAGGUUGAGUAACACUCGUAAGGAUCUCAAAGCAUUGGUGGACGAGUGUAUGGACCCUUCCAAGAAAAGUAAUUUCGACGAUGCUGCGUCAGAAAUGACCAGAGCCGACAGCGUCUUGUCUAUGGCGUCCACCGUCCUCCCGAGAACGCCCUCUCAAUCCUUCUCUCGCCUUCCUCGUCUGUCAAACUCUGCUUUCAAAUCCCGAGUGACCCCGAAUACGCUUACGACCCCUCUGCGCGUCUCUGCGAGCUUGCAGGCGCCCACACAAAGCUCAAGGAAUAGGUCUGUGAGCGAUACGCCGAACCGCGUCUUGUUCGGUUCGCCGGGUGACACAUCGAGCUUACCGACUAGAGCGAGGGCGUCGCUACCUUUGCACUCGGCAGGUCUGCCAUCUCUAACAGGGCUUCCCGAAACAGGUUCACGUCUGCGGAAAUCUUCUAUUCCCAUGCGAGCGAGGUUGCCCAGUACGACCUCGCUCAGCUCUCUGGCGGUCAGUCCUCAGUUUAAUGGUAAGCAACCACCACGACUGAGGCGCACUGGGCCUUUGCCGUCAGCCUUGGGGCACUCGCGAGUAAAAAGAGAGUACGUGGCCAAUCCAAAGAACAAGCUGGAUGUGGCGGUGGGCAAAAUCGUCAACAAACUUGAUGUUGCUGUACCUGUACGUCCGGUCAACCAGAACCCUCCUCAUCAAGUGGAAGAGUAUCAGGAUAUGUCCGGGCAGUACUGGAUUGGAUCGGAAGGGAAAGCGAAGCUAUGCUUUUGCAGAAUCCUGAGAUCCAGAACUGUCAUGGUCAGAGUCGGAGGUGGGUGGAUGGAGCUGUCCAAAUUUCUGCUAGACCAUUUUGCGGAUUUGGCCGUUGUUCCACCUCUUCAGCCUGCUGUCACUGGCAAUGGGAUGCGGAGGUCAUACUCGUCUUCCACAUCCCUAUACAACAUGGGCGCGAACGCGCCGAUGCCUCUCACUUCGGCUUCCUUGGCGGCGCAAUCGGCUCAGACAAGCCUCCCUCUAUCGCAUUCCACCUCGACUGUCGCUUCUCUGCUCAGCACCCCUGCGGAGGAGGAAGUUUCCCCAGCCCAUCUCGCGUCUCUACCUGAGGAUGACCCCAAUCAUCUGUCGCCAGAGAAGAAGCCCCGGGGAUCCUUUGGGAGAGCUACUCCCCGUACUCCCGGGUCGGCUGACAGAGACAAGAGCUUUACGAGCACUUCUCCUCUGUCGACGUCAGCCUCCCCGGGGACGAACGGAAGUCCGUUAAUGGCAUUCCAUUUCAUGCGCAAGGCGGCUGAAAGUCCCAGUGCGAGGCAGAAGGAGAAGGAGAAGUUUAAGGGGAGACGUUCGACUUUGGGAAGGGAAAAGUCCCAGACCAAUCUCAGGGCUGAGAUCUAG